AUGACGGAAGUCAAGGAGUCAUCUAAGUUACCGAAACAGAAAAAGACUAUGAUGACGAUCUGUACUUACAACGUACGUACGAUUGCAUCCAUUGAGGAUCUGAUGAUGCAAGCGAGGAUGAUUAAGUGCGACAUCAUCGGCCUGUCCAAGAGGACACUAUGCCUCGUACUCAACACCGCUUAUGACACUAGAGAAGAACUGUUCUUAGGAACAGCGACAGUAGAGGAGUUGGUGGAGUUGGUAUCCUCUUCAACAGGAGUGUAG